UACCCCUGGCGUUGCUGGCACUCCGAAGCCUCUUUCGCUCUCACCUUCUCAAACAUGAGCUCCAUUGCUUUCAAACCUUUCACCGGCCUCCGCCGCAGCUCCGCCGUGCCCGCCACCACGAAAACAACCAACUCCACCGGCCUCUCCAAAGUUGUCAAAUUCCAUGUGUCAGCUGCCAAAACUUCUCCAAAAGUAAGCAACCGCAACCUCAGGGUAGCCGUCAUCGGCGGUGGUCCAGCCGGAGGUUCGGCCGCUGAAACUCUCUCGAAGGGUGGAAUUGAAACGUUCCUCAUCGAACGUAAACUUGACAACUGCAAACCUUGUGGUGGGGCCAUCCCACUUUGCAUGGUGGGUGAAUUUGACUUGCCAUUGGAUAUCAUCGACCGGCGAGUCACCAAAAUGAAGAUGAUUUCGCCUUCUAACAUAGCUGUUGACAUUGGUCAAACGUUGAAGCCGCACGAGUACAUUGGUAUGGUUAGAAGGGAAGUGUUGGAUGCUUACUUGAGGGACAGAGCCAAAGAGAAUGGAGCUAAUGUUAUAAAUGGGUUGUUCUUGAAGAUGGACAUGCCUAAGCGUUGGGACGAGCCUUAUGUUCUGCAUUACACCGAGUAUGAUGGGAAGAAGGGUGCUAUGGGGGAGAAAGUUAGUUUGGAAGUUGAUGCUGUGAUUGGAGCUGAUGGGGCUAAUUCUCGUGUUGCUAAAGCGAUUAAUGCCGGUGAUUAUGAUUAUGCUAUUGCAUUUCAGGAGAGAAUCAAAAUACCUGAUGAAAAAAUGGUGUACUACGAGAAUCUUGCUGAAAUGUAUGUAGGUGAUGAUGUCUCACCAGAUUUCUAUGGUUGGGUCUUCCCCAAAUGCGAUCAUGUUGCAGUUGGAACUGGCACAGUGACUCACAAGAGUGACAUUAAGAAGUUUCAGCUAGCCACUAGAAACAGAGCAAAGGACAAGAUCCUUGGUGGUAAGAUUAUACGAGUGGAGGCACACCCAAUUCCAGAGCACCCUCGUCCACGCAGGUUAUCAGGGAGAGUUGCCUUAGUUGGGGAUGCAGCUGGAUACGUGACUAAAUGCUCAGGCGAAGGCAUCUACUUUGCAGCUAAGAGCGGGAGAAUGUGUGCUGAGGCGAUUGUUGAGGGGUCACAGAAUGGGAUAAAGAUGGUGGAUGAAGGGGACCUAAGGAAGUACUUGGAGAAGUGGGACAAGACAUACUGGCCUACUUACAAGGUACUGGAUGUCUUGCAGAAGGUCUUCUACAGAUCAAAUCCGGCAAGGGAAGCUUUUGUGGAGAUGUGUGCAGAUGAGUAUGUGCAGAAGAUGACAUUUGACAGUUACUUGUACAAGACAGUGGCACCUGGAAAUCCAUUGGAGGAUCUGAAGUUGGCUGUGAAUACCAUCGGGAGCUUGGUGAGAGCCAAUGCACUUCGGAAGGAAAUGGAAAAGCUAAACGUAUGAGAUAGAUUGCUAGUUUCGGAUUAACUGGUCUUCCAUUUCUGUUAAGAGAAACCUAUUGUGAGCAUGACGUUCCUUAGUCUUCUUACCAAUUGCUUAUGAGGAGGGAGAUUAUGUUUGUAUUUUAGAAGAUGAAGUUGCAAUUCUAUUUAAUUCCAUAGAUCAUAA